AUGCAGUCUCACAACUUGGCGUCUGGCACGGCCUCGUUAGCGACAUUCGCGGCGCUGUCGCACGACAUCUCGUCGUCCGUGGCGUCCAUCCUGCUUUCCACCACCAGCGCCGCCAUCCAUCCGCACCUCUUUCAAGCAUGGAGCUUCCCGCCCAGUCCCCGCUCCGACGCGCGCGGGGCCUUUACCCCCGAUGAUAUCACCUACGCCGCAGCCACAUCUGCGCUCAAGGAUGCGCCGUUCGUGGCAGCAGUAGGCGUGGGUGAUAGGGUAGAUGGCAGUGCUUGCAGGUACGCGGGGGACGAACAGCUGCCGGCCCUUCUGGGCGUCAGCUGGUGCGGGGUACAGCAGCCGGGGGAAGCGGAGGUGCUGAAGCAGCCGGCGCAGCGGAGCAUCAGCCCUACCCGUGAGCGUAGAAAGGCCGCCCCCUCCAGUCCUGCCUCCAACCGCCUGCACUGCAGUUCCGAACUCACCUCGGCAUCGCACCACGUGUACAACGCGAUGGCCUCACCGUAUUCCCAGGGGCAGCACGCACGGUGCGACCCGCAGAGUGGGGCGUCCAGUGCGACCAAGGAACCCUCGUCUAGUCCCACGCAUCAGAGUCCCACAGCCGCUUCCCGUGGCGGAGCCGACAUUCCUCGCACCGCCUACCCCUCGCCUCUCGCUGCGCCUGGUGUGCCCCAUCUGUUUUCGGCCAAACCGCCUCGGCCUCCGCGGCACGGCAGCAAGGCGGCAAGCAGAGGCUUGCGAGGUGGCGAGUCAAGAAAGGCGCCCGCAGGCGGCGCUGGUCGGCUGAGCCGUCUCAUGGGCGGGCGGCGGAAGGCGAGUGGCGGGGAGGCUGCGGUGAUGAUGCCGCUGAUAAUUCUGCUGCUCGUUCUCUUCCUCGUGCUUACCAUUGUCCAAGCAGGCGGAGAGGGGUACAGCGCGGAUGCGCGGGGCGAGCAGGAAUACGCGACAGGGAAGCAGCGUGGCGCGGAAGUGGGCGCUCGAAGGCGAGGGCGCAAGCUCAGCGCGGACGCGGCGGAGGAGAGGGGCGCAGAGGGCACGUGGGGGGCGGCGAAUGUAUGGGCGGGAGAGCAGGGGGAGGCGGAGGAGAGCGGGCAGGUGGAGGCGGAAGAUAUGAGGACGGAGUGGCAAGGGUGGGCGGAUGGGGGGAGGGCGGGGAUGUGGGGCGAGGGGGGCGGAGGUGCGCAUGCGAGGCGGCCCCUGUCGCAUGCUGUGUCGCUGGGUGUCUCUCUCGCGCGCCACCUGCAGCAGCAGCCAAGGGCGGGGGCGUGGGGCGAGGCGCAUGGCGCAGGAGCGGAAGAGGAGGAGGAGGAGGCGCAUGGCGCAGCAGGGCGAGGCGGGAGAGUGUUGGCGGCUGGUGCGCUGAAACCUGCUGCGCCCGUCCCCAUCCCCAUCCCCACCCGCGCGCCCCUCCGCCUGUCCCGGGGCAUGAGUCUGGAGGCGCACGCCUUUGGCGACCUGUACGCGUCGCCCCCCUCGCCCCCGCGCCACGCUGCACCCCACCUCAAACCUGCCGCUGCCCCCUCGUCCCCACCAGCGCCCACAGCGCUGGCAGCGCGGGUCAGCCCGGCGCGCGGUGCACAUGGGCUGGGUGCGGACGGGGGACGUGAGGGGCCGCGGGGGCACGGUCACGGGGUGAGCGAGGGCGGUGGUGCCGCUGGGGGAGUCGCUGGGGGGCAUGGGGGCGCGCACGGCCACGGCGGGCUGCCGAAACCGCCUGGCAAAGGGGGAAGGGGGGGCGCGGGCGAGGGCAGCAGCAGCAGGCGCGCAGGGAGGCAUGGGCGGUCGGCGUCCGUGUCUAGCAUUGAGGAGGGCUCCCUGGGGGGCUUCCCCACGGGCGCGUCGCCCACACGCGCAGGGGGCAGCCAAGGGGGCGCUGUUACGGGGCGGCAGCAGAGGGGUGAUGGGCGUGGGGAGCAGAGGCAUGCGCGGUCGGGGUCAGGGGGGAGUGCAGUGGGGGGAAAGGGCAGGGCAGGGCAGGGUGAGGUGGAGCAGUGCGGGGAGGAGGAGGGAGUGCAGGGCGAGGAUGGGGAUGCGGUGCUGUGCGGUGCACGUGGUGCUGCUUCCCCCGUGCGGCAAUCCCCACCACCCGCACAGCUGACUCGGCACCACAGGCAGGGCAGCCUUCCUCCCAACCUGCACUUCCUCCCACACUCCAUGUCCCCUUCGCCACCCAACUCCCGCUCCGCCUCUCCUUCCAAUCUCAUUCCCCCGCUGCCCCACCCGCCCUCCUCCCUCCAUCCCCCUGUGCGCCGGCGGUUACUGCAGCAGCAGCAGCAGCAGCAGCAGGUGGGCGAGCAGGGGGGAGCGGGUGCAAGGCACAAGUCAGUGAUGGUGGAACAUGGCGUGGAGGCACGGCUGUUGGCAGCGAGGGAGGGGGAGGGGAGCGGGGAGGAGGGCGAGGGUGCAUGGUUCAAGGGCGGUGCUGCUGCACUGCCUGGUCACGGGCUGGAUCGAGCGGCACCAGCAGCGGCAGGAGGAGCAGCGAGUGAGGCAGUGGGGGCCAGUGGGGGGCGGGGCAAGUCAGGGCUGGGACCAUCCCGGCGCACCAAGAGCAUGGCCUUCCCCUCCUCCCUGCCCUUCACACCUCCCCAUCCCGCCGCCACUACGCAGCGAAGCCCUGCACGCGAGCAGCAGGGCGACAGCCACAACACCCUCCCAGACUCUGCUGGGGAGGCACGCAGCAAGACCAGUCCCCUCCGGCCACCAGCUGUGCCCACACGUGCUGCCAGCCCCACCCUUAUGCUCACUGCUGCCAGCACCAGGAGCAGCCGCCUGGGCCGUGCGGGCAGGAGCCUGGGCGCUGGAGAGCUCGCUCGCCUCGUGGCCGCCGCCUCCUCGCCGUCCUUCCUGCCGCCCGGUGCAUGGACGGCGUGCGGCGCAGGGAAAGACGUGGAGCAGGACCUGUAUGGUGAGGGGGAGGCAGAGGCAGAGGGGCGUGGGGAGGGGUGGGGGGCGGGCAGAGGGGCGGAGAGGCAGGCGAAUGGGAGGGUGCAUGAGGUAGGCGUGGGAGGGGACGUGGUGGGGGCAGGCGUGCAGGGGUGCGGUGUGCCGUGUGAAGGAGGUGUUGCGGGUGAGGUGGGGUGGGUGGGGCAUGCAGGGACAGAUGAGGAGGGCGCGAGGGAGGUGGGCGGGGGAGGGCGGGAGGAGAGGGUUGAGGGAAAGAAAGAGGGGAAGAAGAAGGUGCGGAGGAAGGGGAAGAGUGUGGAUAGCAUGGGCGCAGUGGCAGUGGUAAUGGCAGGGGCAGGGGAUGCGGACGAUGGGGGCAGUGGCGGUAGCAGUGUUCGAGGGCCAACGGGGAAGCAAAGGAGGGAGGGCAGCAAGGGUGGGGGCAGUGCAGAAGGCAUUGGUAUCCCAGCAGCAGGUUCUGUGGAAGGCGAGGGGGAGCAAGGCGCAGGCAGGACAGGGAGGCGGGAGAGGGCGAGCAGUGCAGGCAAGGCAGGGGUGGCACAGAAGCAGCAGCACCGGCGCCACCGCACUGAGCUGCUGGACGGCCAUGGCAGCAAGGCACGCUGGGGGAGAGGGGGCAGCGCAGGCAUGCAGGGCGACUUGUUCCCUGCGCCCAGCAGCCCCGUGUCCCCUCAAGCCCGUGCUGCUGCUGCUGCGCCGUGGGAAGCAGGCACAGGCGGGUUGGGGUCAGGGGGAGCGGGCGCCGGUGGCAAGGCGGGCAGGCUGAGGCGGGGGUUGAGCGAGGCGGUGGGCAUGGGCGCGCACAUGCGAGCGGGGGACAUGGAUCUAGCGCACUGGGUGCACACAGGGGAGCGCGCCCAGGGGAAAUGGCCUCGCGCGGAGGAGAGUGCAGCGCUGUGGGGGGGGAUGGACAGGGUUGGGGAGUUUCCAGGAGAGGCGAUGGUGAAGGGCAUGUGGGGCGCGAGCAAGGUGAGUGCGCCGCGCAGUGGUGGCAAGGGGGCGCAUGGGGCGACGCACGGCGGGGCGGAGGAGCGGAGCGAGCUGGAGAGCGAGUGGGAGCGGGAGAGGGGCAGGCAGGUGCAGCAGCAUGGGCGCACCAGGAGCUGGGUGGGGGGGGCGACCGGGCAACGGGACAGGGGGAGGGCGGGUGGGGAGGGAGGGGAGGAGGGGAUGAGGGAGGAGAGUGAGGAGGAGGGGGGGAAGGAGAGGGCGUGGGCGUUGGAAGCGCAGCGGCAGAUGCAGCGAGGGGGGCAGCAGCACCUGGCAGGGCACGGGCUGGCGAGGUGGACGUCUCUGGCGCCGGGGCUGGCAGCCGCACAGGCCGCACAUGCAGCACACACAGCGCUGGGUGCACACGCAGUGAAGACACAGCAGACAGUAGCAGAGGCAGGCGAGGCAGGAGCAGCCAGUGCGGGCACGGCAGGGGGCUCGGGCACGCGAGGUCAGCCCACCACUGGCUCUCCUCUGCCCUUCCCCUUGCUGGCAGGAGCAGUGACGGCGGCAGCAGGGCAGGCAGGGGCGGUGGGGCGAGUGAGGCUGGUGCGCGCAGUGGGGGGCAGCAUGAGUGUGGGCAUGCACAAGCUGAGCGAGGUGCUGUGGGACGUUGCUGCUGCUGCCGCUGCUGCUCCUGCCAAUCCAGAGAGCGCCCCUGCCUGUACUCACAGCAGUAUUGAAGGCAACGCUCAUGCCUCUCCUCUGCAUGCGUCCACCUCGGAGUCACAGCAGCAGCAGGCAGGAGCAGCGUUGCCCCACAGUGUGCCCAACAAUCUGCUUACCUCUCUUCCAAGGCUCGCCCCCCUCACCUCCCCCGCCUCCUCCUUCUCCUCCCCCUCGCCUGCCUCCUCUGCCUCCUCCGCCCCCAGUUCGCGUUCCCUCUCCCGCACGCUGGGGGAGGGCAGGGCACAGGGCGCGUUGGCACAUGUGAAGGAUGAGGAGGAGAGAGACGGGAGGAGGAGGCAGCCGGGUGGCCGCGCAGUGGAGCACAACGGCCCUGCUGUGUCGCCCCUCGCCGUCUCUCCGCAUGCCCCAGUGCACGUGCAUGGCAGCACGGGGGCACGGCAGGGAGGGGGCAAGGGCAUGAGCAGGGUGGUGCGGUCAACCAGCAGCAUGGCUGCCAUCACCGCCUCCUCCUCCCUGCUCGCCCACCUCCUUGCUGCCGCCUCCUCCGCCUCCCCCUCCGCCACUGCUGCUGCUGUGGUUGGUGCUGCCAGCCCUGCUGUGGCGCGCCUGGAAGGAGGGCCGGCUGGAGCGCUGUGGGGGGAGGGCGAGCGGGCAGCGGGCGCGGCAGGGAGUGGCGCGGGGCAUGCGGCAUGGCAGCAACGGGAGGGAGGGAGUGCCUGCUCGCCGUCUGCUGACGCGCUGGGAGCGGUGCCAGGGGUUGAGGAUGCUGGGGCAGCUACAGAGCAGCAAGGGGAGGUGGGGGAGGGCGGACAGGGAGCAAUGGGCAGUGGCAGGGAGCGGCGGCUGGAGAAGAUGCCGAGUGACGGCUUCCAGACAGCCAUGCGGUCCGAGCGAGCUGCCGCACGCAAGGGCAGCAGGAGGAAGAGCCGCAAGCACAGCAGCGGCGCCAGCACUGACGCUGCUGCUGAUGCUGCAGGCGCUACCGCACAUGGCAGUGGCGGGGGCGAUGAGGAUUUAGAGGAGGUGGAGGGUGCAGAUGGGGAUGGGGGGGCAUGGGUGCAGGGCAGCAGGGACGAGGCAGCGGAGGUGAGUGUGGAGGAGCAAGGCGUGGCGGCAGGGGCGGGUAAGGCAGUGCGGGCCGAGGAGCAGUCACUCGGUGCCUCUGUCCCAGGCAGCAGCGGCAGCGCAAGCGCAGAAGCACAGUCGGGGAAGGGCGAGGGCGAGGCAGGCAGCAAGGCAGAGGGAAAGGGUGGUGGGAAGGCGGGGGGGAAGGUACCCCGGGCGAAGCAGAAGCUGGGGCGGGGCGGCAGGGAGGUGUUGCGGCGAGGGCUGUCGAGUGUGCAUGAGGAGUACGAGGUGCACAUGGACAUGCAGCUGGGCAGUGGGCAGUUCGGGGUCAUCCGCAUGGCGCAGCACAGGGAGAGCGGGGAGAAGUUCGCCUGCAAGAGCAUCAGCAAGAGCUGCCUCAAGAGCAAGGCGGACGCGGACGACAUAAGGCGGGAGGUGGCCAUUCUGGAGCUGCUGGCGGACCACCCACACGUCGCCCGCCUGCACGCCGCCUUCGAGGACCACCAGGAGGUGCAUCUGAUAAUGGAGCUGUGUCGGGGCGGCGAGCUGUUUGACCGCCUCAAGCUCGUGGGCACGUACAGCGAGCGCGAGGCGGCGGUGCUGCUGCGCACGCUGGUGGGCGUGCUGCAGCGCUGCCACGCCAUGGGCGUGGUGCACCGCGAUGUCAAGCCCGAGAACAUCCUGCUCGUCUCCAAGCGCUCCCACACCGACAUCAAGCUCAUUGACUUUGGUGUCGCCGCCUUCCUCAAGCCCGGUGUGGAGCUAUCGGAGUUCGUGGGGUCGCACUACUACAUGGCGCCCGAGGUGAUCGAGGGGCAGUACGGCGCAGAGGCGGACAUCUGGAGCGCGGGCGUGGUGCUCUACGUGCUGCUGUCGGGGGUGCCGCCCUUCUGGGCCAAGAGCGAGGAGGGCAUCCUGCAGGCUAUUCUCGACUGCCACCUGCGCUUUAAGGCGGAUGCGUGGCGCACACGCAGCGAUGCUGUGAAGCACCUGCUGCGCUGCAUGCUCACUCGCAGCCGCACCGCUCGCAUCACUGCAGAAGGCAUUCUGGCCCACCCGUGGAUGCAGGCCUUUUCCCAGCCACUGCCAGCGCCAGACGCGGACCACUGGUGGCGGAACUUUGCGCAUUCCUGCAACCGGCAUCCCGCCGCGGGCGGCGGAGGCAGCGCGGGCAACGCCAGCAGCAGCCCCGGCCCCGCCAUAACCCGCGCCACCCGCCAAUUCUCCGCCUCCAGCGCCGGCGGAAGCGGCAGCGGGGGCGGAGGGAGGGCGGGGGGGAGGCAGGCGGAGUGGUACGUGGACCGGCACGGCGUGCGGCACUUCCAGCGGCGGGGGCCGCUGGCAUGGCUGGCGCAGGCGACCUCCAGGCAGACCGCGCAUGGGGGGUGGCGCGUGUCCCCCGAGGUGGUUGUAUUGGCGGUGGGGGCGACGGGCGGCGCGGCGGCGUGGGUGUACGUGAGUCACGUGCAGGAGGUGCCGUACACGCAGAGGCGGCACUGGGUGCUGCUGUCCGUGGCACAGGAGAAACGCAUCGGUGAAGAGGCGUUCCAAGAGGUGAGGGAGCAGCAUCGCGACCGCCUGCUGCCGUCCACGUCAGCAGAGGCGCUGAGAGUGCGCCACGUGGCGACCAAGAUCAUCCAGGCCACCACGGAGCACGUUGACCCGGGCAAGCCCCCCCGGGUCGAGUACUGCCCUCUCUCCCCCUCCUCCAGCGCCCCCGCGCACCACCCCGCCUCCACCCCCUCGCCCCCCGCCUCUGGUGCUGUGGGCGGGGGGAAGCAGGGCGGGGGGGAGGGGGCGACGGGGGGAGCAGCAGGCGAGGGCGGUGGGGAUGCGCUGCUGGAGGACAGCGAGUGGCUGGACAGGCAGCAGCGGCAAGCGCAGGCAGUACGAGGCGAGGGGCGGCCGUUUGAGGAGCACUUGAAGGGGCUCACAUGGCAGGUGGCGGUGGUGGAUGCGCCGGUGCUGAACGCCUUCUGCCUGCCCAGCGGCAAGGUGGUCGUGUUCUCGGGGCUGCUCAAGUGCUGCCCCGAUGAUCACCAGCUAGCCACCGUCAUCGGCCAUGAGGUGGCGCACAUAGUGGCGAGGCAUGGAGCGGAGCGCAUGAGCAGUGCCAUGCUGGUGGCGGUGGUGCAGAUGAUCAUCGUCAACUUCAUUGUCAGCUGGCCGGGCUUCAUCCGCACCGCAUCUGACCUCCUCAUCUCGCUGCCCUUCUCCCGCAUGCACGAGUUGGAGGCGGACCGCAUAGGGCUCAUGCUCAUGGCCAAGGCGGGAUACAACCCCGAUGCUGCUCCAGGCGUGUACGAGAUGUUGGACCAUGCAAGCAGUGGCGGCAAGGAGCGGCGACCAGCACCGGCACCGGAGGGGGCGGACAAAGCAGGGUGGGGCGACUUCAUGUCCACGCACCCUGCAGGCACGCGCAGAGCAGCGCUGCUGCGCGGCAGUGCGAGCAUGCAGGAGGCGAGGCGCGUGUACCGAGAGACAGUGGAGAGGGAGGCAGGGGUGCGAGGUCGGGCGUGGGGCGGGGGGGACUCGUGGUUUGGCUUCUGA